UUUUCAGCUUAUAAACGAGGGCAGGACGCAUGUCCCAGCGCUUCCGGUCAGCAGCCUCACGGUCGCUUCAGAGCAUGUUUGAUCGAGACCGAGAUCUGGACAAGACGGUCCUCGUGGGGAACAUCCACAGCUGCGUGACAGAGGAGAUUCUGUUCGAGCUGUUCCUGCAGGCCGGGCCGGUAGACGAGGUGCGUAUCUUCAGAGAUGGAGCGCAGGCUUCAUAUGGAUGUGUUUAUUAUAAGCACGCUGAAGCUGUUCCCUACGCAGUCGAACUUCUCAAUGGAAUCUGGCUCUAUGGGCAGCCCAUCAAGUUACAGCGUAAAACCGAUGGACAUUAUCAUAGAAAUGAGGCGUGUGCGUACUACACAGGGACAGGACUGAUAGCAGACAGUGCAGAUGCUGUGCGCCGGGAUGAUGUGGUUUUGAGUUUAAAUGGCAGUCCAGUGGAGAUCCCUUCUAAUGAAGCAUACAGCUGGAGUGACAUGGUGUACGGCAGACGUCUGCAGGUGUGUCCUCCAGCUGUGUGGCUCUGUCCUCCUCUCCAGCUGUGUCCGAGCUCUGCUCACUCAUCUGGGACGUCUCUCCACAGGUCAGCCAGCAGCGGAGUGGGCUGUGCAAGCAGACCGCUGUAUGGAGGGUGCUGUUCGAGCAUCCUGACACCGUAUGCUCCAGUGAGCGCUUUUAUCAGCUCUGAUUCACACUGUCCGCUGUAAACCAGUCAUAUCUGUGCAUGCUCUAAUAAAGCCGUCUGAAUGCACCC